GUUCUGAUCUGUCUGCAGCUUCGCUCAGUGUAUCAACACAUUAAUAGAAAGUGGCGCAUCCGAUGUGUUUCAUGAAGUUCAAAUGAAGAGUUUCCCAAAAGUACUGAACGUUUUCAUUGACGAGGCUGGGGAGGAAGUGGAGGAGAUGAUAUUAAUACCAGGAUCACCAAGUCAGAACAAUAUACCAAUCCACUUUGAAAAUCAUCAUAUAUCUACCAUUUAAAAGAAAGGCCACUAAGACAGGAGAGGCUGCCUGCUGGGCCUCCCCGUCUUGUUGAAGGCGAAAGCAGAGCAGCGCCCGCAGCCAUUACCCCGUGGAGGCAGAAACCGGGCGCCACCCUCUCCCCCCCCCUCCCACUCAGUUGGACCGUGUUCGGGAGCACAGUCCGUCAAUUCCGAACCGGAUCAGAUAAAGCGACCCAUGGCGGCGAGAGCGAAGGAGGCCAUUUUCCACAGAGCCCAAUGCAGGCGCUUCAAGGGCUUCACCAAAGAGAAAGAUUGGAAAGGACCUUUCUACUUCGUACAAGGAGCCGAUCCACAAUUUGGCCUUAUGAAGGCAUGGAAGGUUGGAGAUCAUGAUAAUAGCGGGGAUGAAUGGCAGGAAGAAAUCAAGCUCACGGAGCAAGCAGUGCAGGCUAUCAACAAGUUAACACUGAAACCCAAGUUCUUUGUACUGUGCGGAGAUCUUAUUCACGCAAUGCCAGGUAACCCUUUGCGUGAGGAGCAAACAAAUGAUCUCAAGCAUGUUCUGAUGGGCAUUGAUCCUAAGAUUCCAUUGGUAUUUGCCAGUGGCAACCAUGAUAUAGGAAAUUCCCCAACCCCAGAUACUGUUGCCGAAUAUUGCAAAAACUGGGGAGAUGACUACUUCAGUUUCUGGGUUGGGGGAGUGCUAUUUCUUGUGCUGAACUCUCAGUUUUUUCAAGAUUCUUCCAAUUGCCCUGAGCUAAAGGAAGCCCACGAUCUUUGGCUGGAUAAUCAACUUGCUGCUGCUGAACAGUUAAAAAUCAAGCAUGUGAUUGUGUUCCAGCACAUCCCUCUAUUUCUCCAAAGCGCUGACGAAGAGGAUGGCUAUUUUAACCUGGAGAAGUCAAAACGACUGGAUCUUCUGCAGAAAUUUGAGAAAGGAGGUGUAAAGGCAGUCUUUUCGGGCCACUACCAUCGGAAUGCUGGUGGCAAGUUUAACAAUCUGGACAUGGUGGUGACUUCAGCUAUAGGCUGCCAAUUGGGAGAGGACACGCAUGGUGUGCGGGUGGUGGUGGUGACAGAGGACAAGAUCCAUCACAAGUAUAUCAGUUUGGAUGAACUCAAUGACGUUACAGUCAAGGAAGUGAUUUCAGACCAUCUGGAAGUAAAUGAUGAGAGCCCCUGUCUUUUUCAUUAAUAAUGGUGAGAAGAGGCUGUUGAAUCAGUGUAUACAAGGACCAUCGCAAGAUGAGCAGCAUUUUUGGGUAAAUUUGAACAUCUGUUGAACUCAAUUCUAUAACUACACAGUGAAAUGCCCAGAAAGAUUAUUUCUGCUGCAUUAACUGGGAGCACCAAUAUAUGUGAAUUUUACCAAAUCAGCUGCACAUUUUUCCGUAUAUUUAGGUAAAUAUCCAAUGCAGUUACACACAUAAUCUUGAGACUUUAAUUACACUCUUUUUGCGACCAUCUGUGACAACGUUCUACCAACUGUCAUCACUUUAAUCCAUGAUCUGUAUUCAAGUUGUACACAAUCUGUACACGUUGAAAUAAAUGAAAUAAUAAAGGCAAUGUAAACAAGAA